AAUGCGAACCUAUUGGGCUCCAACGGUUGCGCAGCGACGUAACUUCGUGGCUUCAGAAGAUUCUUGUCCGUGCACUGCUGUCCACGGGUCCAGAAGAUGAUGCGGACUUUUUUCUUUCUAUCUUGCGUCUUUACGCUGCUGUGCCUCCGAUGCAUGCAUUGUUCGCCAGUGCCAGAAGCAAGCAGGUACAAAGCCUCUCAGGAUUGUCUCCGGAGGUCAGGUCUUCUGAAUGAAAGAGGAGAGGCCCGUCCUCAAGACACACUCGAAAACACAGCCCUGGCCAGAAGAGACCCUGCAGUAGCGGCACUGGCAAUUAACAGCACUGAGGCUUCAAAGCGGCGUCGCUGUGGCGUCCCCGACUACCCCGUGCUGAAGGAGGUCCUCCAAAUGGGGAGACACAGAAAGAAACGCUUUGUCCUGUUUGGGGGUCGCCUGGAGAACACUGACCUCACCUACAAAGUGGUUCGCUUCCCCAGGCAGAUGGGUGAGGACAAGGUGCGGCACGUCCUCAUGGAAGCACUGAGAGUGUGGAGCGAGGUAACACCUCUCACCUUCACCGAGGUCGGCCAUGGGAAGGCGGACAUUGUCAUCGACUUCAACAGGUACUGGCAUGGAGAUAACCUGCCCUUUGACGGCCCUGGGGGCAUACUGGCCCAUGCCUUCUUCCCCAAGACCCACAGGGAGGGCAACAUUCAUUUUGACUAUGAUGAAGAAUGGACUUUCGGCAACUACAUGGGUACAGACCUCCUUCAAGUGGCAGUUCAUGAGUUCGGCCAUGUUCUGGGGCUACAGCACUCCACGGAACCUGGCGCAGUGAUGUCCCCAUAUUAUAGCUUCUCCUAUCCCCUGGAGCUGAGCGAGGAUGACAAGCUUGGGAUCCAAUACCUGUACGGCCCUCGUCCACAUGCUCAGCCCCCACCUCAACCGCCACCUCCGCCACAGAUCACCACAGAGGUCAAUGAUAUCAUCAGUAGUGCUCCUGAUGCCUGUCAGACAGAUUUUGAUGCCGUGUCAAUGAUUCGCGGAGAGCUGUUUUUCUUCAAGUCGCGCUAUGUGUGGCGCAUUCGGGAAGGAAGGCUGGAGGCAGGUUACCCGGCACUGGCUUCACGCCAUUGGAAGGGGAUUCCAGAGCGCAUUGAUGCUGCCUUUGAAGACCAAUCUGGGAAUGUCUGGUUCUUUCAAGGCCAAAGUUACUGGAUGUUUGACGCAGAGAAACAGAUCACAGGACCUGACUCUGUGCAGAGCCUCGGCCUGUCCGUCUCCCACAUCCAAGCAGCGCUGCGCGUUGGCCAGGACAGCAACUACAACACCUACAUCUUUAUGGUAGGCAGCUAUUGGAGGUUCAGCCCUGAAGAGAACCGCUUGGACUCGGCCCACCCUCGCAGCAUGCAGGACUGGAGCGGCAUACCUAGUGAUCUAGACGCAGCUUUCCAGGACCAAUACGGUUAUGCCAACUUUAUUCGGGGGAGGCAGUACUGGAAGUUCGAUCCUGUGGUGAUGAAUUCACUAGAGGGUUAUCCUCGCUAUAUUGGCAUGGAUUUCUUUGGUUGUAAAAAUACGAAUUAAUAAUCAGUAUGAAUAAUCAGUACGUGAUGCUGCUGCCUAAAGAUCACAUCCAAGUCAAGGCCAACCAUGAACAAGGCCUGCACCUAUACGGAUUUCAACAUAUUUCUUCCUCAAAUGUUUCCGUUUGCUUGUCGCCCUUACACUGUAAAUGGAGUACAAAACAGUUUCAUCUCAGAGUUUACAUCAAUGUUUCCUCAGAGUUUGGACUUCGUGUGCAGCUAUUUCUUUUCGGUUGGGUUCCAGCCGUGGCGUUGUUAAGGACGGUGUUGUCUACAGUGCAGUACCAGCCCGCUGCAUUAGGUGUUCAUGUAUUAAGAUGUCUAAUGAGAGAUACCGCUGCAAAAACACAUUUGUCGCGCUGAUAAAUAUACAUGUCUAAGUAAUCUUUUUCUCAGACACUUUUAAUGUGGGAACGUCUAAUGGAACCAUCCGUCCAACUUGGCCUUCAUUAGCCAAUAAGAGAGUUGUGAGAAAUUCCCGACACGAUGCAUUGUCUUAAUCAGGUUUGUCUACCAACCAGUAAUCUCCUAUAACACCUUCCUCCACGUGUCUGGUGCACCACCACAUGGUAGGGUGGUUCUGGGAAAGCUGAGCUGUCUCCAUACCGAACUGACUUGGGGCAAACCAACUGCUUGAUUCAAACUUGUUCAUAGUGAUAAAAUAAUGUUACUAUAGUAGCUAGCUAGCAAAGUGUAGGACAAUUGCAUUUAGAAUUGUAGGUCACUAGCCAGGUUAGUUUUUCUUCUGGGAUAUAAUAUAGUGGCUGGCUCCGGCUAUAGACUAAAUAUAAAAGUGUUGAUUUACAUAAUCGAACAUCAUAAAUACCAUGCCAUUUGGAGCCUUGUCUUGCAGUAUUCUGAUUUCGGUAAAAAUCAGAAGAUUGCUUUAAAAAUACUUUACUCAAUGGUCACUCCCAAUAAGGCCAAAACUGAAUGGCUAUUGUGCCAGCCUUACAUCCACCGUGUUCAAUAGCCUGGGGACAAGGUUAAUGUCUAAGUCACUGGAUUUUAUACAAGAUAAGAAAUCAGUGACAGUCAGGGACACUUUGUUGUUAUCAGUCACAUGUAGUUCUCUAUAAGAUAACUGUACCUAAUUCAGAUGUUGUAUCCAAUAAUCGAAGAUGUUCUCAGUCAGCUGAAACAGGGAUGGGAGGAGCUUGGUGCUGUAUGAUGUGAAUCUAAGCCAUGUGAAUAAGUGACUUCUGCAGUUUGUCAGUGCAGGACAUUGAUACAUCUGCUGAAGUGUAAAAUAACAAAUGAUGAUUACUUUCUUCAUUGUUAUUGCAUUUUAACAGCUCCACGCUGGCAAAUGAAUUUGUUUUAUUUUUCCUCUUCUAAAACGUUAAGUAUUGUCUCAGGACAUAAUAGUAUUAUGAAAUGGCCAAUUUGUUUGUUUUACUUGCAUAUUUGUUUUUACAUGUCUAAUUACAUAUCUUUGUAUUUACAUGUUUUUCUAUUCAACUGUCACAUUUACUAAGUAAAUACAAACAUAUGCAUUCUGUACUAUGUAUUGGUACCAAUAAAAAGAUUCUGC